GCGAUUUGACGUUAUGGUUUAUGGCAAUUGGCAAAUCUGUGAUUCGAUUCGUUAAUUUUUCUAUUUUGUGGGUUAAAUAAUAAGUUCUGAAAUUAUUUCAGUAUUGUUGUUAUUAUUAAUAUAAAGGUAAUAUAAGAAAAUAUAUAAGUGAAGAAGUACAAUAAGUAUUGUUACACGCUGUUAAUAAUGAAUUAUAAGAGUUUAUAAGGAAGGCUAUAUUAUUGUAAGCGAGGGCCUUAAAGUUUUUCAAAUGUGUGACAGAUACCCCGGUUAUUUUUAUGGAGGAACACCCUUUAGCAGUUGGGAUAGGAGUUACAAUUCCUUGGAGAAUCAAAUCCAACAACAAUACAGAGGUAGACCGAACCCGAAUCAAGGGGCACACAGGUUCUGGGGCAGCAUGUCGGACGGCGGGGGCAUUUCGAUGGGUCAUGGCGACUCGAGCAAGACGAACCUGAUCGUCAAUUAUCUGCCCCAAACCGUCAAUGAGAAGGAUCUGUACGCUAUGUUUGUGAGCAUCGGACCGAUCGAGAGCUGUAGGGUUAUGAAGGAUUUUAAGACUGGUUAUAGUUACGGGUUCGGUUUCGUGAACUACGCCCGCGAGGAGGACGCGGCGCGAGCGAUCGAGACGUUCAAUGGAUAUCAACUUAGAAAUAAACGGUUAAAGGUAUCAUACGCACGUCCGUCCGGCGACGACAUUAAGGAAACUAACUUAUACGUAACGAACUUGCCUCGCGCUAUCACCGAGGAACAGCUAGAGACGAUAUUCGGCAAGUACGGCAGGAUAGUGCAAAAGCACAUACUGAGAGACAAGAAUAAUGGAUCGCCGCGGGGAGUUGCUUUUGUAAGAUUCGACAAGCGGGAAGAAGCCCAAGAAGCGAUAGCAGCUUUAAAUAACGUGAUACCAGAGGGCGGCACUGAGCCGUUAUGUGUAAAGGUGGCAGAGGAACAUGGAAAACAAAAGGCUGCAUAUUACGCGGGUUGGUCAGCUGGUUUUCAUCAGAGCCGAGCACCGCCCGCGAUCCCCCAGCGCCACCACAGCCUCGACCAGCUCGACAUGCUGCACAGCCGGCACGACUACACGGCCAACUACGGGAUGUACAACACAAUGAACAACAGAAUGUACCGCCGCGACUAUUACAACCAGCCGUCUUACCACCAUCGUCCAUUUUGAAAAGGGCUGUACUGCAAGAAAUUCCGCCUGUCCGAUACGAGGAUAUAGGCGGGGACUUUUGUUUUCGCUAGUGUUUAGUGCCGGUGUUGUGGGCGGUUGGGUGGUCCUUCGAGGCUCUGGGUCCAAAGGUCUGUUCUGUGUUCGCGACGGUUUGUGUCAACGAGUGUAAGUAUAAGCUUUAUUCCGCUGUGCCCCCAUGUUUUGUCCGUGACGAUCCCCCGAAUGUUAAUGUCGUGUAUGCGAUCGGUGUUUGAACGUGUUACCUCUGAUUUGUCCCACAACACUGCGAUAUAGUCAUCAUUUGCUCGUACGUAUAUUUGCGGUCUUAGAAUACUCAUCACAAAAUUGAAUAGACACAAGUCAAUUGUAUUGUUUCAUGACAUAAAGACUAAUUUUCUUUGCGGUACUACUCUAUAUUUGGAACGUGAAAUAGUUGUUACGGAAGCUAGUUUUAGACUGAUUAAUGUUUGGAAUGUUGAACGGAUGGGCAAGUAACUAUUACCGCUAGAUGUCGUUAAAUACAUUUUUGUACUUCGGAACGUUUUAAUUCUAAGCGUGUAAAAAUUUAAUUAGUUUACGAGGGAUAUUAGACAACUAUACUAAGUAAUAAUUUCACGAUAUUAUAACUGUCGUAGAAAAUUUCUCAGCACUGUAUUCGAGUAAACGUUGGGACCUUGUACCCGCACAAAAUUAAUUGUUGACUUUCUUCUAGAACUUUUUAAAUUGUAAGAUGUUCUUAAAUAAUUGGACGUUAUCCUAAAUGGAGUAAUGGUAGAAGAGAGAUAUUAAAAGGUGAACAGUUAUAAUGAUUCCAACUUGCUUUUUAAUGACAAAGUGGCCAUAGCUGUUGUGAAAAUAUCGUGGAAAGUAAUUAAAUGGGUCGUGUGAUCUAGAUUCUAGACUGUUUACAAAAGAAGAAGCUAAGAAGCAAUAAGAGCUAGCGCGCAAGAGCAACUUUUGUGUCCGCAACUAUU